AUGUCCGAAGUUAAGAAAAUCGUUGUUCUUCCCGGUGAUCAUGUCGGUCAAGAGAUCACUCAAGAAGCCAUUAAAGUGCUUGAAGCGAUCUCAGAGGCCCGUCCAAAUGUGAAAUUUGAAUUCCAGCACCAUUUGAUCGGUGGAGCGGCCAUCGAUGCCACUGGUGAACCUCUACCUGAUGCGUCCCUCGAUGCAGCCAGAAAGGCAGACGCCGUUCUUUUGGGUGCUGUUGGCGGACCUAAGUGGGGUACAGGCCAAGUCAGACCAGAACAGGGCCUUUUGAAGAUUCGUAAAGAACUUCAACUGUACGCCAAUUUGAGACCUUGCAACUUUGCAUCAGAAUCUCUUUUGGAACUAUCGCCCUUGAAAGCUGAUUACGCUCGCGGGACUGAUUUCGUGGUAGUGAGAGAAUUGGUCGGGGGGAUCUACUUUGGCGAAAGAAAGGAAGAUGAAGGUGACGGUGUCGCUUGGGACAGCGAAAAGUACUCCGUUGCCGAGGUGCAAAGAAUCACCAGAAUGGCCGCUUUCCUGGCCCUUCAACACAACCCACCUUUGCCAGUCUGGUCUUUGGACAAGGCCAACGUGUUGGCUUCUUCAAGACUGUGGAGAAAGACCGUUGAGAAGACCAUCAAGGAAGAAUUCCCAACUUUGACCUUGCAACACCAGUUGAUCGACUCUGCGGCCAUGAUUCUGAUCAAAAACCCAACCCAACUUAACGGUGUAAUCAUCACUAACAACAUGUUCGGUGAUAUCAUCUCAGAUGAAGCGUCUGUUAUUCCAGGGUCUUUGGGACUACUCCCAUCUGCUUCGCUAGCCUCGCUACCUGACACUAACACUGCCUUCGGUCUUUACGAGCCUUGCCAUGGUUCAGCGCCAGACUUGCCAAAGGGUAAGGUCAACCCUAUUGCCACUAUUUUGUCCGCUGCUAUGAUGUUGAAACUUUCUUUGAACUUGUUCGAAGAAGGUGUUGCCGUGGAAGAAGCAGUGAAAAAAGUCUUGGAUUCUGGCCUAAGAACUGCCGACCUAAGAGGUUCCAGCUCUACUACUGAGGUUGGAGACGCCGUUGCCAAAACCGUCAAGGAGUUGUUGGCAUAA